AUGGCAAGCUCGCACGACGAUUCAGAUCACGGGCUUGAGCACAAGCAUAUCAUACAGCAUCCCACAAGCCCAAGCCCGUGGUCCAAUAUCGACGCAGAGAAACAAGAAAAAAGUCAAGAACCCAUCGAACACAAGAAAUCCGUCUAUGCAGGCCUGGGGUGGCUAGACCGACUUCUCGUCCUGUGGAUCCUGUUGGCCAUCGUCGUGGGCAUUCUGCUUGGAAAUUUCGUCGACGACGUUGGGCCAGCUCUUCAGAAGGGCAAAUUUGUCGAUGUUUCGGUCCCUAUAGCGGUCGGUCUCCUGGUGAUGAUGUACCCCAUCCUCUGCAAGGUCAAGUAUGAGACCCUACAUCGAAUCUUUGCCCACCGCCAGAUUUGGAUCCAAUUGGGAUUCAGUAUCGUGGUUAACUGGAUCAUUGCACCUUUUCUCAUGCUCGGCCUGGCCUGGGCCUUCCUGCCAGAUAAACCUGAGCUUCGGAACGGGCUUAUAUUCGUGGGGCUGGCACGCUGCAUUGCCAUGGUUUUGAUCUGGACAGGUCUUGCCGGUGGAGACGAGGAGUACUGCGCCAUCCUUGUGGCCGUCAAUUCAGUCCUCCAGAUGGUCCUCUACGCACCCUUGGCCAUUCUCUUCGUCAAUGUUAUGAGUCACGGUGGCAGUGCUAAUGUGGCGUACUCCACCGUGGCCCGGAGCGUCGGGGUUUUCCUCGGUAUCCCGCUUGGAGCUGCCGUCGUGACGCGCCUGAUCCUAAGGAAGAUCAACGCAGCCUGGUACGAGCAGAAAUUCCUCAAGUGGCUCGCUCCGUGGUCACUUAUCGGCCUUCUUUACACCAUUCUCGUCCUGUUCGCCUCGCAGGGCAAGCAAGUCGUCCAUCAAAUCGUCUCAGUCGUCCGAGUUGCCGCCCCUCUCAUCGUAUACUUCAUCGUCAUCUUCUUUCUCACGCUCUUGGUCACAAAACGCCUGGGAUUUGGAUACAAACUAGCAGCCACCCAGAGCUUCACCGCGGCCAGCAAUAAUUUCGAGCUCGCCAUCGCCGUCGCGGUCGCCACUUUUGGAGCCAACAGCGACGAGGCGUUGGCCACGACUGUCGGCCCACUGAUCGAGGUGCCGGUUUUGAUUUCACUGGUCUAUCUCGUAAGGUGGAUCGCUGGUCGUUGGGGCUGGGAUGACUGA